CUUCGAAACUAAAAUUCUAAAAUAUCAUAAAAAUCUUAUUUGCUUUUUUUCAUAUAGUAAAUUGUUAUUCAUUUUUGUCUUCUAAUUUGUACUCUCAAAAUUUCCCAAAUAUCAAUAUAAUAAUAAUAGCAAUUUUAAGAAGAAGAAGAAGAGUUCGCCAUUGAUGCUGCUUUGCUUUGUAUCGAUAAAUAGAUGAUGGCCGGAGAAGACAAAUUCAAACAGUUCGAUUUUCAUCUGAGAUCGUUAUCUUCCAGUGCUAGAGACUCCAAUUUCGUCACCGACCCUGCCUCUGAUCCUUCUCUUCUCAAUUCCGUCAAAAGUCUUUGUGAUUUAUGUAGAAGUGAAAAAUCAGAAGAUUUGAUUGCUAGAGUUUAUCCUCAUCUGAAUAGGAUAUUUCAGCGAUGUCUUUCUUCAAUUUCGCAGUCUCAAACCUCCAAUGGCCUUCUUCUAUUGGCUAUACUUCAGUUUUUUCUUGACUUUGGAGAUGUGGUCCUGCAUGAUGCUGAUCCUAACUUACGGACCUUUUUUAAGUCAUGCUUGAGCCGUGAGUUUGCAGACCCUGUUGUUGCAGAAGCAACCCUUGACUUUCUGAAUGCAAACAAGAAAAAGUUUUCAAGUUCAUUUCCUACUUUGCUUCCCCAGUUUUUCCCUUUAUUGCUGAAGCUAAUUGCAUGGAAUGGGGAGAAAUUGGAAAAAGCAUUUCGUAGAGUAUUUCCUGGUUUGAUUUCCCAGGGGUCAUUUCUUCCACUAUUUCCAUCAAUCAUAGACCUUCCUAUAUUGGUUGUGGCUCUGGAAAAGGUGGAGAAGAGUUCAGGAUCACUGGUUGGCAGUAGCAUAGCUUCAAUUCAGAAGAGUUCAGCUCCAGAGAUGUUGCUAGCACUCAUGGAUGAAGCAUAUACAGGAUCAACUAUAGGAGAUGGAGGGGCGGACUCUGAAUCUGAGGAUAGCUCCACAAUGGCAGUAGCUGAUCCAUUCUUUCUUGAGCUUCUCAAGGAUGAGAAUGAUGGUCUAGCUGAACGUCAUUGGGCUUCUCCUGCAGUAGCUGCGGCUAUACAAUCAGCAGUUAGCACGUCUAUGUCUGAUAGGCUGAAACAAGCACUGAGAAUAACACCGCGGCUGCUUGAUAUGUAUACUGCUAUAGCGAUCCGUGAAGUCAAUGAUUCUCUUAUUUGUGCUCUGGUUCCCCUACUUAUGGCAAGAUAUUCCAAUCUAUUCCCAGAAAAGUUAUUCUUGUACGAGGUUCAAAAGAGGAUCUUAGAGCUCAUGCUUGCUGGCUUUAAUCGAUCUCCCAGUUUCAUUGCACUUCUGAAGAAGCCUAUAGUGGACAGACUUGGAGAAGCUUAUGAUAGUCCGUCGAAGACUGAACUGGCAUUACAAUUAUGCUGGGCAAUCGGGGAGCAUGGAGGAGGUGGUGAAGCCCACAAAGAUGCUGCUCGUGAACUCUUUGAGAGCUUGGAAUUACUUCUCUAUGAAAACCUUUCAUCAAGCCGUGUGCGUCUGCGUGAAUCAGCUCUUGGCUCUGAUUCCGCAAAAUCCAGAAAAUCAUCACAAUCAAGGCUAUUAUGUUUUGUUGUGACUGCCAUUGCAAAGCUUGCCACAUAUCACCGGGAACUGUUGCCCAGGGCCCGUGUAUCCUUGACGAAGGUUGCACGUUCACGAAUCUCAGAUGCAAGGGUCUGGAAGCGUGCACGUGAUUAUUUGGGUCUGAUGAAUGAACCUGCUAUAUGUUUGUCUAUCUUGGGCCCAUGUGAAUCUCCAAGUAAAGGGAUACAGAAACUUGGCACAGUGAAUUGGAGUGAAGGGGGAACUAAAAUGAUUUCGCACCUUCCAUUUUACCUUUUAGGUGCACAAGAAGGUCCGCCCCAUGAUUUCUCAUUGAUGGAUGUUCUUCCUGGAAGUUAGUUUAUCUCCAUGAGUUGCUUGUAAUUCACGAUACAUGUGUUUUGAGCAAAGAAGAUUCGAUAAUCUGGUGGUGCUGUUCAAAGAUAUGGAGUUUCUUCGUCUUCCCGACGUACCCAAAAAAAAAGAAAUUAGUUCAUCAGAGGGAUUUUUUGCUUAAUUCUGGAAUAUUAGAAUAGGAAAAUGUACAUAAACUCUAUUAUUUGGAGUGUAUGAUUUUGGUUUUUAAAUGACUUCUUACUUUAAUAGGUCUACUGGCUUUACUUAUUGCCUUAACAACAUCAAUGCAAUAAUUUUUUCAUUUCUGGGUA